CCAUCUGCGAGCGUUGUUGUGAAUUCAAUAUGGCGAUAACAAUUCUAUGUUGUGUCUGUUAAUAAAACCCAAAGCACGUUUAGUGAAUGUAUUGGUGCAUUUUCGGGCAUUGUUCGGUCGAUUUUCUCGUAUAAAUUCAAUGAUUUGUACAUGAGAGUGGCGAUUUUGUGACAGUGUAGGGUUAAAACUGCUGUGUGAGUGCCAAGAGAUGUGUACACAAAGGCUCUGAUUAGUAAAAGGGGCUAAAAAGUAUCCUUCACACCGUACAUAUUCGAGGUUGUUCCAAGCGGUGCCACUGUCCCGACAAGCUGGUGCUUCUGGUGUUCAAAUCGGCUAAGGCGGAAUGUGGGAAACUUGCCAGUACAUCGAAAAGGAUUAAGCUAAGCCAGAGUCAUGACGGACACUAGGAGAAGAGUGAAAUUGUAUGCACUUAAUGCUGACCGCCAAUGGGACGACAGAGGCACUGGACACGUAUCUUCCUCCUAUGUGGACAGGCUAAAGGGGAUCUCUCUGUUAGUGCGCGCCGAAAGCGAUGGUUCUUUACUGCUUGAAUCGAAAAUACAGCCGGACACUGCUUACCAGAAGCAACAGGAUACUCUAAUUGUCUGGUCGGAAGGUGACAAUUUCGAUUUGGCGCUGAGUUUUCAGGAAAAGCUGGGCUGUGAUGAAAUUUGGGAGAAGAUCUGCCAUGUUCAGGGCAAAGACCCUUCAGUGGAAAUCACUCAGGACAUUGUGGAGGAGUCUGAAGAUGAACGGUUUGAUGACAUGCCUGAUUCGGCGCCACCAAUUGAACUGCCCCCUUGCGAGUUCAAUCGGCUGGAGCAGAUCAGCGAUUUGAUCAGCAACUGUUUAACGACCCCCAUGAAGAAGGAGAAAUUGGCGGCCGCGAUCGAGAGCGACGGAUACAUUCGUAAAUUGGUCAAUGUGUUUCAUAUGUGUGAGGACUUGGAGAGCACCGAGCGCUUGUAUCAUCUAUACGACAUUUUUAAAAAUAUCUUCUUGCUUAACAAGAACGCGCUCUUCGAGACAAUGUUCAGCGACGAUCUGAUCUUUGAUGUUGUCGGAUGUCUCGAGUACGAUCCGUCAUCGCCCACACCGAAGCGGCACCGGGAAUACUUGAAGAAGCAAGCGAAAUUCCGAGAAGCCAUUCCGAUUAAAAACGCGGAACUGCUGGCGAAGAUCCAUCAAACAUUUCGGGUUCAGUACAUACAAGAUGUGGUGCUGCCGACUCCUUCAGUGUUUGAGGAGAAUCUUCUCUCGACGUUGAGCAGCUUUAUUUUUUUCAACAAGGUGGAAAUUGUCUCAUUGGUGCAGGAAGACGAAAAGUUCCUCACUGAACUAUUCUCCAUGCUAACGGACCUGAACAUCCUGACUACCAAGCGCCGCGACUUGGUGCUGUUCUUGAAGGAGUUUUGCAACUAUUCCCAGAAUCUCCAGCCUCCUGGCAAGGAAACCUUCUAUAAGACUCUGAGCUCUUUAGGAAUUCUACCAGCGUUGGAAAUCACUUUAGCUACAGACGAUCAGAAAACUAAGACAGCGUCCAUAGACAUUUUGACUUACAUUGUGGAAUAUUCACCGUCGGUGGUCAGAGAGUUCACUUUGCAGCGCGCAACUAACACAGAUGUGGAUCAUAUUCUUCUCAACAUCAUCGUCGACCAAAUGAUAUGCGACUCGGAUCCCGAGCUAGGUGGCGCCGUGCAGCUGAUGGGCGUGUUGAGAAUUCUGCUGGACCCGGAGAACAUGCUGGCUUCAGUGAACAAGUCUGAGAAGACGGACUUUCUCAAUUUUUUCUACAAGCACAGUGUACAGAUUUUGAUCAGCCCCUUACUGGAGAACACGGAGAACGACACUCCCCAAAAGGAGGACUAUCACAACGUGCAACUCCUGGGCCUGAUUCUCGAGCUGCUGUCCUUUUGCGUGGAACAUCACACGUACCACAUCAAGAACUGCAUAUUAAAUCGGGAUUUACUGCGGCGCAUCCUCGUCCUGAUGAAAUCUACGCACAAGUUCCUCGUCCUUUGCGCCCUAAGAUUCAUGCGCAAGCUGAUAGCCUUGAAGGACGAGUUCUACAAUCGCUACAUCAUCAAAGGCAACUUGUUUGCGCCAGUUGUGGACGCGUUUAUCCGCAACCAGGGCCGCUACAACCUUCUGGACUCUGCCAUCAUCGAGAUGUUUGAGUUUAUCAAACUAGAGGACAUAAAGACGCUCUGCUCGCAUGUGGUUGAAAACUAUGGACGGCGAUUGGACGACAUUUGCUAUGUGCAAACAUUCAAAGCAUUGAAGCUGCGCUACGAUCAGCACCAGGAUAAGCUCAAGGAGCGCAAUAGCUUAGACGGCGUUCCCUCGAUACUGCGGAACAGUCGGUAUCGGCGCGACCAACGCCAAAUGGAGGAGGAAGAGGAGAUGUGGUUCAAUGAGGACGACGACUUUGAUGACGGCUCUUCAGUGCUCAACUCCUCAACUGAUCCACCCGAAUGUAUGUCAGAUAAUUUCGAGUACUCGAAAAAGCUGGACUCGCACCUGGAAAGCAUAGGGGUGUUGGAAAAAAAGUCCAUGCUAGAAUCCAACUUGGAAAGCAUAGGGAGUAAAGCGGCCGACAAACGGGUUCUCUAUUCGGCCACCCAGCAGGCCAAUGCGAUUGAGGCGAACGGCCCGAGCAAACAGGCUAACAACAAUUCGACGUCGCAAAAGGCGAUACAAGCGCAACAGCCAAUAAUUAACAACAAUGCGACGGCAGCAACGCCGACGCCCUCGACGGAAGCGCCCACAGUAAACGCACAAGCGAUCGGCGACGGAAAAGUUUCCCUUUUCAAACGGGUAUGGGGUUUGGUGGAUUACGAAGGCGGCGAUUCGGACGAAGAUGAAGAAACGACAGACGCAGGCGGGGGAGGAGGAGGAGGCGGUGGUGAGGAAUCCACGAGCAAACGGCCCCGCCUUUCGUAGUGCUCCUAUCCAGUUCCCUAGGGAACGCUCAAUUGCGUCAGCCAGGAGGUGAGCUGGAGCAAUAGUGCAACACCUCGGACUCUAAAAAAACAGUUACUCAGUGUUAAUAGUUACGAAUCGGAAGGACUACAACGGGAAAACUAGACAGCAUUUGUGAAUUACGUAGCAUAAGCGGUAUAUCUAAAGGUAGAUACCAUUAGUUGUAAUGUGAACAAAAAAGUGUGGGUAGAAUCCGUGAAGGGGACUGUAUAAAUCGCCCGCCCUGUAAUAGUGUUGACUUUGGUGGUGCACUCUAGAUCAGUUUUCAGAAAUGUCAAUAGCUAAGAGUUGUAUAUAUUGUCAAUUCAUCAUUACGCUAUGGUUCAUUAUGAAAGCGCUUGAUGCGUAAGCAUCAAUCGCUCUUUAUAGGGUAAAGGGGAGCAAGAGAGGCGAUAGCAAUCUCGGACAAGUCAAGGUAGCUCUGAGGGCGUGUCAGACAGAUGUAUCACGAACACUUUCCAUGCAUGUACCAUGUACAUAAUCCCUCAUUUUUAAUGCUUCCGCUCUUCUGUCGCCUCUCAAUCGUUUUCCUUGUACAUCCAGUGUAAAUAGUAUUCACUAUAUUGGUCUCUUGAUUUGUUCUAGUGUAACAAAUGCCUGUAUAAAGCUGAAAAUUGUGAGUUUUCCCGUAAGUUUUCCCCAUGUACAGUACAUGUUUUCUUUAUGCGUGGAAAACUGUUCCUUGUGUUAAUAGGACUUGCAGUCCUCCCUCUAAGUUUAGUUGAUAGAGCGCAUUGAAAAACACGCAAGUUUUUAUAAAAAAAUUGUUACUUCAAAUCAGAAAAAAGACGAACUUUGUGUAUACGGGGUGGCCAUUU